CUGACAUCGAAAAGCUGAGGGCAGCAGCCCGUUGGUUUCUGUGAGGGCCCUUGCUCUUGCACUCUUUGUUUUUCUUUUUUGUUCUCAUCCACAACUGCCCAGCUGGCAUCCUCAUUUGUUCACCCAAUUCCAAUGCCCUUUCUUUGCAUAAAAUGGACCACUGGGGUGAGGGAGGGAACCAAAGGGUGGUGAUGGAAGACCAGCAACAGGCGGCCAAAUCCAGGGUUGUGAGGGUGGACUCAGAGGAGUCAUGGGAUCUCUUCAUCACCCAAGCCAACAACCAAGGCAGACCUGUUUUUGUUCACUUCAGUGCUUCAUGGUGUGUCCCAUCUCUUGCCAUGAACUCCUACUUUGAGGAACUGGCCAGGACUUACCAGGAUAUUGUGUUUCUCUCGGUAGAUGUUGACGAACUCAAGGGGGUUGCUUCUAAGAUGGAGGUGAAAGCAAUGCCUACAUUUGUGCUGAUGAGGAAUGGGGAACUGAUAACCAAGUUUGUUGGAGCAAAUCCUGAAGAAAUGAGGAGGAGGAUAGAUGUGUUUGCCCAUUCCCUUCUUCCAACGAAUAUGGUUGAGUAGUUUUGAAGGGUGUCAGAGUGAGACCAUAUGAAAAAGGAAAAACCAUGGUGUUCUCUGUUUAAAGGGUUGUAUAAUAAUGGUGCAGUUAUAUAGCAUUUUGAUGCUAAAAAAAAAAAA